AUGAAGCGCAAGGUGAUACUGGCCGUCGACGCGGGCGACGAGCCCGCUGUGCUCACCGGCCAGCCCCUGGCGUGGGAGGCUCAGGAGAGGAAAAGGCACCGACACUGCGACGCGUCCCUCGUGCCGGCGAGCCCGGCGAAGAUCAAGUGGAUCGCGCUCACGAUCCUCUUCUUCCAGAACUCCGGCACCAGCCUGAUCAUGCCGCUGGCCCAGACGGGCGGCCACUGGAACUCGCAGUCGGGCGUCAUCGUCCAGGAGCUCAUCAAGGGCACCAUCUGCGCCCUCGUGCUGCUCCGGGGGGGGGGCCCGCAGGCACUGCGCGCGGCGCUGCGCCCGAGCCCCGAGGCGCUCAAGGUCGCGGUGCCGGCGCUGCUGUUCCUGGCGCAGAACAACCUGCAGUUCCUGGCGGCGAAGCACUUGGACGCCACGACCUUCGCAGUGCUGUUCCAAUUGAAGACGUUGUUCACGGCCUUGCUCAGCGUUCUGGUGCUGGGCAAGAAGCUCGGCCCCGUGCGAUGGAUCGCGCUCUUCAUCCUGGUGGGGGGUGCCGCCUGCAUGGUCCUCGACCAGGACGAGCCGGCCGGCGGCGCCGACGCAGGAGAGCGCAGCGUCACCACGGGGCUGGUCGCCGUCGUGACGUGCUGCGCCUUCUCCGGGCUCUCGGGGGUCUACUUCGAGAAGAUCCUCAAGGACUCGGCCGUCUCGCUGGUCGCGCGCAACGUCCAGCUCGCGUGCCUCUCUUGCCUCAUCGGGCUGGCGACCUGGCGCCAGUCGGGCGGCGCGCCCUCCGAGUUCUUCUCCGGCUACAGGCCGUGCGUGUGGCUCGCCAUCUGCAACAAUGCGCUGGGCGGGCUGCUGGUCGCGGCGGUGGUCAAGUACGCCGACAACAUCCUGAAGAACUUCGCCAAUACGCUGGCCAUCGUGAACACCACGGUCGUGUCGACAGCGUUCCUGGGUGGGUCGCUGGGCCCGCAGGCCGCGCUGGGCGUCGGCAUGGUGAUCGCCUCGAUUUUCGUGUACGCGGACGCGUGCAGCCUGGACUGCCUGGCCGGGGCUCCAGACGGGCGUCUUGGCCAGAAGCUCAGCAUCCCCUGCCCGUCCUACGGCAAGGCGAGGUGCUCUCCGAGGCACUCCCGCGCCAGAUCCGGCCAUAGCCACGGCGCCGGUGCCGACGACCUCGCCUGA